AUGGAUUUUGUGGAUAUUUUAUAUGAAAAGCUUAGCGUAGAAGACAUAUCUGAUAUGGUAUCUUCUCCAUCUUGUGGUGCUGUGUCUAUGUUUAUUGGCACAACAAGAGAUAAUUUUGAUGGCAAGCAGGUCUUGAAAUUGGAUUACGAAGCUUAUAUUCCAAUGGCAAAGCGGAAAAUGUUAGAAGUGUGUGCUUCAAUUAGGCAGCAGUGGGAUGUCCACAACAUUGCAAUUAUUCAUAGAAUUGGGGUUGUUCCAGUGAAAGAAGCAAGCAUCGUCAUAGCCAUUUCCUCUGAGCACAGGAAAGAGUCAUUAGAAGCUGUACAUUUUGCAAUAGACACAAUGAAAGCAAUAGUGCCAAUCUGGAAGAAGGAGAUUUAUGCAGAUGAAGCCUCUGCAUGGAAACACAACAAGGAAUGUGCGUGGGCUGAAGAACUUCCAAACACUCAGAAUUCUGAAAAUGCUGUUAUUGUUGUAGACAAACUAUAA